AUGGGCUCAGAUAUUUCAGUACGAAGAGUAGAGAGUAUUGAGUUUGGCAUACUUUCACCCGAGGAUAUUAUAGCAAUGAGUGUGUGCAAAAUAGAGCACCCAGAAACAAUGGAGAGCGGAGUGCCCAAAGAAGGCGGCCUUGUGGAUCUAAGGCUCGGUACGUCAGAGAGAGGAUUUCUGUGCAGUACGUGCGGCCAUCGGCCCGACAGCUGUGUGGGGCACUUUGGGUACAUCGAGCUCGCUAAGCCGGUGUUCCACAUAGGGUACAUUGGGAAGAUAAAAAAGGUGCUGGAGAGCGUAUGUUUCUUCUGCUCGAAGCUGAGAAUAGAAAAGAGCAUCCUGCAGUCGCCAAAGCCAAGGUCGCAGAAAGAAAGAAAAAGAAGACUGAACUACAUUUGGAGUUUAGCCAAGAACAGGGCUGUGUGCAUGGGAGAGGUAAUCGCAAACGAAGAAAACCCAGAGGAAAGGAUGCGCACAGGAUGCGAGAACAGACAGCCCACGAUACGAAAAGAAGGGCUCCAUCUGCUGGCGUUCCAGAAGGGUGAGGAGUCAUCAGACGGCAAAACAGUCCUGAGCGCAGAAAAAGUACUGGAAAUACUGAAGAGAAUACCAGAUGACGACAUUGAGACUCUUGGCUUUGAUCUGGAAAAAGCGCGGCCCGAGUGGAUGGUCAUCAGAAUCCUUCCCGUGCCUCCCCCUCAGGUGCGGCCAUCUAUCGUCAUGGAAGGCUCUCUCAGAUGCGAAGAUGAUCUAACGCACAAGCUCGCAGAUAUCAUAAAGGCGAGCAACAACCUAAAGAGAUACGAGCAGGAGGGAGUCGCAGGGCACAUUAUCAGAGACUACGAACAGCUCCUGCAGUUCCACAUAGCCACCCUGAUCAACAACGACAUAUCGGGCCAGCCGCAGUCCCUGCAGAAGAACGGAAGGCCCCUGAAGUCCAUCAGAGCGAGGCUGAGAGGAAAAGAGGGAAGGGUCCGAGGCAAUCUGAUGGGAAAAAGAGUGGACUUCAGCGCGCGUACUGUGAUUACCGCUGACCCAAAUAUCAGCAUGAAUGAGGUGGGAGUGCCAGAGGAAAUAGCGAGGAUGCUUACCUUUCCCGAAAGAGUUACAUCAUACAACGUAGAUAUGCUUACUCGCCUGGUGUACAGAGGCCCGUACAAGCACCCAGGGGCUAACUACGUUGUGCGAGAUGACGGGCAGAAAAUAGACCUAAGGUUCCACAAAGGAGAGGUGAAUCUGCAGGAAGGAUACAUCGUGGAGAGACACCUGAACAACGGAGACACUGUCCUGUUCAACAGACAGCCAUCACUGCACAAGAUGUCCAUGAUGGCGCACAGAGCGAGAGUCAUGAAGUAUUCCACGUUUAGGCUCAAUCUUAGCGUCACUGCCCCGUACAACGCAGACUUUGACGGGGAUGAGAUGAAUCUCCAUCUGCCGCAGUCUAUCCCCGCACAGACAGAGCUGAAGGAGCUUGCGCUCGUGGAAAAGAACAUUGUGUCCCCGCAGAGCAAUAAGCCCGUCAUGGGAAUAGUGCAGGAUACUCUAAUAGGGGUGUACAAGCUCACUAGAAGAGACCUCUUCCUAACAAGGAGCCAAAUGAUGCACCUAUUCUACGCGAUUGACAACGGAAGAGAGUACAUCAAGCCUGCUAUACUGAGACCGGCUGUUCUUUACACAGGAAAACAGGUCUUCUCUGCUACUCUUCCCGAUGUUACGUACAGCGGGCUGCACUCAGAGCACGUGCACGGGAGCAAUUACGUGGGAAACCCAAUGGACAGCGAGAUAGUCAUUAAGAACGGAGAGCUGCUCGCUGGGAUUAUAUGCAAGAAAACAGUGGGCACAGCAUCAGGGGGGCUAAUCCACGUCAUUGCCAACGACUUCCCAAGGAGUGUCUGCGUGGACUUCAUCGAUGCCCUGCAGAGGGCAAUUAGCACGUGGCUCAUGGCGUACGAAACAUUCUCAGUGGGGAUAGGAGACACUGUAGCUGAUCCCUCAUCCAUGGACACGAUUAAAGAAGCGAUUGAGAGGGCAAAGGGAGACGUAGAGGAGAUCAUAGAGAAUGCAGAGAACAAUAAGCUGGAAAGGCUCCCAGGGAUGUCCAUGCGAGAGUCUUUUGAGACUGCAGUGACACUUGCACUGAAUAAAGCGAGAGACACCAGCGGAACAUCAACGCAAAAGAAUCUCCGCUCGCAGAACAACAUAAAGCAGAUGGUUGUCUCGGGGUCUAAGGGCUCGUACAUCAACAUAUCGCAGAUGAGCGCCUGUGUGGGCCAGCAGAGCGUAGAAGGAAAGAGAAUACUGCACGGAUUUAGAGACAGAUCGCUCCCCCACUUCACCAAAGACGACUACACUGCAGAAGCCAGAGGGUUUGUGAGCAGCUCGUACGUUGCAGGGCUCUCUCCUGUUGAGUUCUUCUUCCACGCAAUGGGAGGCCGAGAGGGGCUUAUUGAUACGGCAGUUAAAACAGCUGAAACUGGAUACAUCCAGAGGAGGCUCAUCAAGGCGCUAGAAGAUGCGCAGAUACGGCACGACAAGAGCGUGCGAGAUGGUGAAGGACAUGUUAUACAGUGUGCAUAUGGUGGUGACUGCUUUGAUGCCACCUUUGUGGAGAUGCAGUCUCUUGCCCUCUUCUGCUCCCCUGCUGAGUUCAAUAGCUUGUACGUCAUUGAUUACUCUGCCCUGUCGGAGUACUAUCUCUCUCCCUCGCAGCUGAGCGCCAUUCGAUCCUGCAAGACAAAGGCGCUCAUCACAGCCGAAGUAAAGAUGCUGCAGGAGGAAGCUAAGCGCCUGAAGAGCACGCACUCUCGGGAGAAGAAGCCUUUGCCUGUGCCUUUGGAAAGGAUACUCCGCGUGGCCUCUGAGAUGCCUCCGUACGCCCUUGCAUCUGCCAUGGCGGGCGUAGUGGUGAAGAUGGGAGGCCCUCAUAAGGCAGGGCAUUUCCAGGCCUCUUCCCUCAUGGAGGGAUCUGCAUGGGGCGGAGAAGAGCUGCACCCCGAAAGGAUACUGCGCGCACGGGAGGCCCUGGAGAAAGAGCUGCAGGAUGCCAUUAGCCCUGUGCUGGAGAUAUCUGAAAUUGCAUUCUCUCUCUUUAGGUCUCACCUGCGGGGAUACAUCACCAUUAAAAGAGUGCUGUGCGAGUAUCGACUCUCAGCCCAGGCAUUCGAGUGGGCAAUGGAAAAGAUCAGAGUGUCAUUCCUCAAGGCCAUCGUAUCCGCAGGGGAAAUGGUCGGAACACUUGCUGCGCAGAGCAUUGGAGAGCCUGCAACCCAGAUGACCCUGAACACUUUCCAUCUCGCAGGAGUGGCCAGCACAGUGACCCGCGGUGUGCCGCGUCUCAAGGAGAUCAUCAAUGCAGCGCAGACGAUUAAAACGCCGUCUCUUACCAUCUACCUGCGCGAGGAUAUUCGGCACACCCUCGAGGGAGCAAAGAAGGCCCAGCAAGAAAUAGAGAGGUGCUUCCUCAAGGACAUCCUGAUGCGGUCAGAGAUUAUAUACGACCCCACAAUGAAGGCUGUGAAGGCUGAUGAAGACUUUAUCUUUGCGUACGGCGUGCUUGAUCCCACAGUGUACAGCCCAGAGUCUCCAUGGAUGCUCCGCUUGGAGCUGAACAGAAGUGCAAUGGUAGAUGGAGGCAUAAAGAUCGAGCAGGUAGUGGGGGCAAUAGAGCAAAAGACCCUUUUCAAGUGCAUGCACAGCGAUGAAAAUGCAAAGACCCUGGUGAUCAGGUGCCAGCUGCCAGACUCAGAGGACAACCUCCGGAAGAUAGAGGCUGCAGUGGCUUCCAUCAUGAUCAAGGGGCUCUCCCGCAUAAAAAGAGUGUUCAUUAACGAGAUAGGCGCAGGAGCAGAAAAAGAGUUCAUUCUCCAGACAGAGGGCACAGGGCUGCAGGAGGUGCUGAGCCACCCUCUAGUAGAUCCCUCAAGAACCAUUUCGAACGAUCCCCUGGAGAUGGGGAGAGUGCUGGGAGUUGAAGCUGCUAGAACAAGCAUCCUGAACGAGAUCAGAUCGGUGAUAGAAAGUGAUGGAUCGUACGUUAACUUCAGGCACCUCUCAAUACUAGCGGAUAUAAUGACACAGAGAGGCAUUAUCUGCGGAAUAACCAGACACGGAACCAACCGCGGAGAGUCUGGGGCCCUGAUGCGCUGCUCAUUCGAGGAGACUGUAGAGAUACUCUUGGAGGCAGGGGCUACAGCAGAGGUAGACAGAUGUAAAGGCGUGGUGGAAAGCGUUAUGCUGGGGAAGGUAGCAGAGAUAGGCACAGGAAUAACAGAUCUCCUAAUUGACACAAAGAGCAUCGAGAUAGGCGCCAUGGCAAUGGAGAAGUACGAGUUUGAAGAGGAUGAAAGCCUUGAGGGCGGCACGCCAGAUGAAGUCUUGUCUCCAUCGAGCAACAUAUACUCCACAGAUAUGGCCUCUAGCAGCAGCUUUGACAGGCCUCUCGUGAAUGAGUGGUCGCCCCAGAAUGAGAUGGGGUACGGGUAUUCAGGGUCUUCUCCUGAUUUGAGCACAGUGUACAGCUCCCUGGGGAAUGCGUACUCUCCUUCAUCUCCUGGGCUUAGCUACUCCCCGGGGGGAAUGAUGGGCUCUUCUGUCUCGUCACCAAGCCACGAAUAUGUGCCGCAAACAUCAAAAAGAGUCCCCGGGGCGCACCACGGAUUUGGCGGGCUCAGCGGGUUUGGAAUAAGCUCUCCGAGCUCGCAGAAGCUCUACUCGCCCCUGACCCCAGGGCUGAAUUUGGGGGGAGGGCACAGGGCCUCUGGAGGAAGAGACAGCUCAGAGGAAGAGGAGAGUGACAGCAGGGGAAAGCGCCGUCACACAGAGGAGGAAAGCACAAGCUCUAGUGAAUAA